UUCGCUUACCAAACACGGCCUAACAUCAGAAUUCACACUCUCUUUGACCUUCCUUUUUUCCGUUUUCCCCAGAUUCUUCUCCCCUUCUUCCUCUCUUUCAUCUCACUCUUUCAGAUCUCUCUCCUCUGUCUUUGUCCCAUUCUUCUCACUCUUACCAAAUCAUUUCAUCAAUCAUCUUAAACCCUAAUUAAAUACCCAAAUUAAAUAAAAAAAAACCAAAAUUAUCUCUACUCCCAUUGUUGGCAAAUCUAUAAAGCUUAAUUUCAUCACCCAUUUCUUUUUUUUUUUUGUCUGUUUUUUGUUCCUUUUACAUCCCUUUUAUGGGGAGAGAGAAUGCUUAAUUGAUGCUCAAUUUCGGAAGGAAUUGAGCUGUUUUUGAAUUAACUUUCAAUCUUUGGUGGUUUAGGGUUAGGGUUUUUGAUUGGGAUUUUUUUGGUGGUGUUCAAAUGGUGGGGGGAUCUGAGCAGCAGCUUAAUAGUAGUUCUUCUUCGUUGCCGGCGAAAAAGCAUGGCAUUAAUAAGCCGAUUUCACUUGCGGGUCCCACUGAGAUUGAUCUUAUGCGGAAUGCUGAAUUAGAGAAGUUUUUGAUUGAUUCGGGGCUAUAUGAGAGCAGUGAGGAAGGAGAUAAGAGAGAAGAGGUCCUAAAUCGAAUUCGCGAGAUUGUGAAAGGGUGGGUAAAGCAGCUGACUCGCCAAAGAGGAUACACAGAUCAAAUGGUUGACGAUGCGAAUGCUCUCAUUUUUACUUUUGGGUCGUAUCGACUGGGGGUACACGGACCUGGGGCAGACAUUGAUACCCUGUGCGUUGGGCCUUCGUAUGUAAACCGUGAUGAAGACUUCUUUAUAAUACUGCACGACAUUCUGGCUGAAUUAGAAGAAGUCACUGAGCUUCAGCCAGUCCCUGAUGCUCAUGUCCCUGUAAUGAAAUUCAAAUUUCUAGGAGUUUCUGUUGACCUCCUCUAUGCAAGUGUUUCGAUGCUGAUUGUUCCUGAUGACUUGGAUAUAUCACAGGGUUCCGUACUUCACAAUGUUGAUGAGCAAACAGUUCGUAGUCUGAAUGGAUGUCGAGUUGCGGACCAAAUCCUUAAGCUGGUUCCUAAUAUUGAGCAUUUCCGGACAACGCUAAGGUGUCUCAAAUUUUGGGCUAAGCGACGGGGUGUCUAUUCAAAUGUGACUGGAUUUUUAGGUGGGGUGAACUGGGCUCUUUUAGUUGCUAGAGUAUGCCAACUAUAUCCGAACGCUAUUCCUAGCAUGUUACUAUCUCGAUUUUUUAGAGUUUAUACUCAAUGGCGCUGGCCAAAUCCUGUGAUGCUCUGUCCAAUUGAAGAAGAGGAUCUUGGUUUCCCUGUGUGGGACCCUCGUAAAAAUCCUAGGGACCGCACUCAUCAUAUGCCAAUUAUUACUCCUGCAUACCCGUGCAUGAAUUCUAGCUACAAUGUCUCAACAAGUACACUCCGUGUUAUGAUGGAGCAGUUUGAGCAUGGCAAUAAAAUUUGUCAGGAUAUUGAGCUUACAAAGGCCCAAUGGAGUACCCUCUUUGAGCCAUACCUUUUCUUUGAGUCGUACAAAAAUUACUUGCAAGUUGAUAUCGUUGCAGAUGAUGCAGAUGAUUUGCUGGCUUGGAAAGGCUGGGUAGAAUCUCGACUUCGGCAGCUUACCUUGAAGAUAGAGAGAGACACAUUUGGCAUGUUACAGUGCCAUCCUUAUCCAUAUGAAUUUGUAGACACAUCUAAGGAAUGUGCCCAUUGUGCUUUCUUCAUGGGCUUGCAGAGGAAACAAGGGGUGAAAGUCAAAGAAGGUCAGCAGUUUGAUAUUCGAGGAACUGUUGAUGAGUUCAGGCAGGAGGUUAAUAUGUAUAUGUAUUGGAAACCUGGCAUGGAUAUAUUUGUGUCACAUGUUCGUAGAAAGCAGCUUCCUCCAUAUGUUUUUCCUGAAGGCUAUAAACGACCUCGAAGACACAUGAGUCACCAGGUUGAAAAAAUGUGUGGUGAUGCUGAAGGGAAUAUCCCCGGGUCUACUGAUAGACCACUCAAGAGGCGUACGGAUUCUGAGAUGGGGGAUCUGACACCAUCACGUCUUGAGAAGAAGGCAUCUAUCAGUCCGCAACGACUGGAAACUCUUUCUCCAGAGUUCAAUUCUAGAUAUUACACUCCGUCACCUUUGAGCUCUACCUCAGACAUGCUUUGCCACGUGCAAGAUACAGCAUCAUUUUUGGAUGGUGACACAAGUAUGAACUCGCACAAUGUGCUGCUAGACAGUACCAAUCAUAGUACCAUUCUGCUGGAGAAGCAGGAUAUCACUAAUAAUAUUUCUGUGGUUGAUAAUGAAGCACGUACAAUGGAUGCACUGUCGCAGGACGUCUCCAGCCAGGAGAAUCUUGCUUCAUUUGACAUCUGUAAUCGAAUUAUGGAUGCUUGUCUGGUUAGAAAGGAUGAAGAGAUUUCUGACUCUCAGAAUUCUCAAACUGAAUCUUUCCGUAGAGCAAAGGACCUAAUAGAGAGGGCUGCAAAGGAUGAUAUUGAUGAAGUAAAGGAUCAUUGUGAGCAGAUCAAGGGAGCUGAAAAUGGGGUCCAUUUUGAGUCCAGCUCUGGCACUCAGACUCUCAAUCAUGAGGAUGAUCUAUGUGGGGCUGAUCCUGGUUUGCAUUCUGAUAAUGGAUUUCUGGACGGGACUGAUGUUUUGCAGGGUGGAUCGACGGAAGAGCUAGAGUCAAGUACUGCUGUCGGCAUGGCCAUAGAAACUCGAGGUAGAACUACAUAUUCCACAAAAGUUGUGCAGAAGCCAAUCACAAGGUUGAACCUGAGAUUGAUGGCACAGAAUAUUAGAAAUACUCAUCAUGAAGCACUUGUAAAUAGAAGUCCAGCAGCUUCGGUAAGUUCCAAAAAUUUACUGCUGGAUUAAAUUAUGGUUUUCCAGGUGCACUGGAAUCUUGUUGUGCGGAAGAAAAGAACUGCAAUUUUCUGAGUUCACAUGCCCGUAAUUUGUGAUAUAUGUAUGAUUAUGGAUGUGGUGUAGUUCGUGCGGACCCCUUGUAGCAGGUCUCUCUGGCCCUCUAGGCAGCUUGCUUGUUCUAAAGCUGCUUCAGAGCGUCACACCUGUUGCUGUGGAUGUGUGAAGACUGUGAACCCUUAACCAUGGUCAUCGGCAGGAGAUAACUGAGACCAGACUAAAUUGGGAUCUCCGGCUCUCCGCUACAUCUUGUAGGAAGUGAAUUUAUGUAUUGUAGCCAAAAAAAAAAAAAAAAAAAAAAAA